AUGUACCACAAGGUGAGGCGAAAAAUGUACUACAUUUUGGGAGCCAUUUUAUUUUUAAUUGGUCUGUCAUUCGCUCUGCCGAUAGCUUUAGACAUACCUGAGUCUUCGAAAAAUGAUAUUGAUAAUGAUAUCAUUGAUUUCGAUGAAGAAUAUUCAAUGAAAUAUAAUAAACAAUAUGGUAUUUUGCCAUGGAAUUCUGCUGAGUUUAAUAAGGAGUCGAAUAGAUAUGACAUAGACAAUGCGACGAAAGAUGAAGACGAAAUAAAUAAAACAGAACAGAUAACCACAACAGGAAAAGAUGAAUUAAAUGUUAUACCAAUAGAACUAAUUAGUACUACUGAAAGUUCACGAGACGAGACAACAACGGAAGACUUGACCGUAAUACCUCUAUCAUCUACUGAAAAAAGUAGUGUUUUCUUUAAUGAAACUGAAAUUAUAGUUGUAUCAACUGAAAAGUCCGAAGAUUUCAAUUCCACAACAGACUUUUAUGAAUUGACUACAAGUGAUAGGCCAGUUAUAAAUGAUAGUUUAAGUUUAAAUAAUGAUCCUGUAGAAAUAACCACCGAAUUUACAUCGACCAAUUUUAGUACAGAAUUUAUAAAAGAAUCAAUAACAAUGACGACAAAUACAUCAGCUACAAAUGCAGAAUUAAAUGAUUCGAAUGUAUUAACAGUUGAUUCCAAAACUACUCGUAGACAAACAAAUUCAACUGAAACAAGUAAUGCAACAAUCACUGACAGAGAUAUAGAAAGUGCAGAAAUACCGGAUGUUCCCCUGUUCACAGAAUUAGAUACCGAAGAACAGGAAGUGCCAGAAGAUUACUAUGACAACAAGGAUAUUGUGCCAACUCCAACGCCGAAGACUGACGCACUUUCAGUAAUCUUUGGAUUUGCUGGUAGCGUUGUAGAAGGAGUUGUAGAUAGUGUGGCGGAAAGAAUUUUCCCCAAGACUUUAUAUGAUCUGUUAAAGCGAAUGCAGAAACAGAAUGAAGCGCUAGAAGCAGAAAGAUUAAGGAGUAGAGAGGAGAAUGGUGGAAUUGGUCAAUUUACGCGGGGCGUCAUUAAAUCCAUAUCCAAUGGUCUCACUAGGCCGUUGAGUCAGCUGAUGGCAGGUGCGAGAGACAUAGGGUCUUUGGAUAGUGACCGUGGCUUCGUCAGUAGUCUUGCAUCUGGUGUAACCAGCGUGGCAGAUGCUGCUAAUUCUAUGCUUGAUACGUUCAAGGAUCGAGUACAAGCUAUUUAUCCAGGGACUCUUUGGUGCGGAGACGGCCACUCAGCCCAGGCUAGGUCCAGUGAUCUGGGGCUGUUCUUCUUCACGGAUACCUGCUGUAGACAGCAUGAUUCCUGUAAGCUAUACAUUCCAACUGGAGAGACCAAAUUUGGAUUGACUAAUACUGGUCUAUUUACGAGAUCGCACUGUAGCUGCGACGCCAAGUUCCGGGAAUGCCUAAAAAAGACCAAUUCGCUGGUUUCUUCCCAGAUUGGACUUACUUAUUUCAAUGUGCUUGGCCCACAAUGCUUCAGACGAGCUCAUCCCAUUGUUAAAUGUGUGAGAAGGACCAGAUUGACCGGUCAAAAGUGUGAAGAAUAUGAGUUGGACUACACCAAACCCAAAAUGUGGCAGUGGUUUGACAACGAGAGCUAUUAA